CAAAGCGGUUCGGUAGUUCGUUGGCUCAGUUGGCUUGUCAGCUCAGCGAUUUCCCACAAACUCAAAAGUGUUUCCGCGGAAAAGCUGUCCAAAACGCGAAAAAGUAAUUAAGUUCGUGGACGAAUCGUACGUGGCUAAUUGCCAACAUCAUUGAAAAAGAAGACCAAAAAAGAAAAAAUAUUAAAGACAAUACGCAAAAACAAAGACAAACAAAAAGAGACAAUUCGUAGUGGAAACCCAUUAAAAUGUGUAAAUAUGUAAUGUGCGUACACGAGUGAGCGACAAUUUGCCGAGUGAUAACUGACUUUUUGCAACAAAAGUAACUGCGAUGGAGUCUUUUAUUAUUAUUGUGACGCUGCUCACAAUUGUCACACAGCAACAAAACAUCUGUGCGGCCGUUGAUGUUUAUUUUCCCAGCACGUCGGUGAAAUUCAAUCUGCCCAUCAACGAGGAAUCGGAGAGUAUCUUCUCAAAGAUUCCGCUGGCCCAGUUCCAAGUGCUGCGGAUGGAGAGCAACCGGUUGGCCACUGAUUACUUGUAUAGCCUGGAGGACAAUCCGCUGCUGCGGAUCAAUAGUUCCUCCGGCGAGAUAUAUAUGCGCACGGAUUACCGCUCACCGAAUUCGAGUAUCAAGUAUGUGGUGACCGCCUUCCCCAGGGAUCAACCGGAUCAUGAACUGUUGCCCGUUUCCCAUCUUACGAUGGAGGUCACACCCCAGUCGCUGGAGGAUUACUGCUCGGAGUUGGAGCACAUUUGCUUCUGGAGCAGUGCCCAGUAUAGCAUAGCCGAGACCCAGGGUCAAUAUCGGCGAAGGAAUUCCUUUGAGCCCGUACUCAUCGGUGCCCUUAACUCCCGGGCUGCCAAGUAUCUGUGUCCGCAUGUUUCCCUGGAUUACUCCCUCAACGCCGGCAGUUCCCACUUCGUUCUGAAGCAAAAUCGGCUCUACACCCGACAGCCCCUGGAUCACGAUGAGCUCAAUGGCCUGAACGCCAAGGCAGGGCAGCUGCAGGCCAGGAUUACCUGUACGAUUAAGUUAUCACCCCGUGAUCAGAGGAAAUUCUCGCGCAGCUUCGACAUUAAGUUACUGGAUCGCAAUGACAACGGACCCAAAUUGCAGGAGAGCGAUUCGAAGUUCGAGUUCUACCUGGAGCAGCCCUACUUUCAGGCGGACGAGGAGGCGGGCAAGAAAAUCAUCUAUGUAGACAAGGAUACGCUGGCGGCAAAUGCUCACCUGGUCUACGCCGUUCACAAUGACACCAAUGGACUGUUCCGGCCGGAUUGCCACGCCUACGAGGCGGAUCACACGGGCAGGCCACAUACCAUCGUCAGUUGUCAACUUCGAUACUCCCGGAGUGGCGUUUUUCGGGAAAGCCCCUACUGUGUUUCUCUGGAAGCUCGGGAUCUGACCAUUGAAACCCUUAACGAUGCCAUGUCAGCUACGGCCUAUAUAUGUUUUCACAUCAACUUGAGUAAUCUUCACGAAACGGACCAGGAAUUACCCCAAGCUCUUCCUCUGCGGGCGCGUCAGCAUCGAAUCUUUGAGAGUGACGACUUCAAUGGGGAUUCUUCGGGCAGAUCUGUGAGUCCUUUGACCGUGGAUUACGAGAAGGACGUUGCCGUAUUCCGGACAGCUGCUUCCUAUUAUCGGGUAGCCCAGCCAGAAAGUUUUCUAGAACUAAUGAGGUCACGUUCCGUACGGUUCGAUAUCGUGGAGGAUAAAAUUGGAGCCUUCGGCAUUACCACGACUUCGGGUAUCGUCUAUGUGAAGAACCCACAGGCUUUGGAGGAGGCGCCUGAGACCAUAUACUUCUUGAAUGUCACCUGGAUGGAUCAGCAGCGUCUCUCGCACGUUCGGGUGAUCAAUGUCCAUUUGGUUCAUGGUAGACCAGAGAACACCAGUUGCGAACUGAAGAUCAAGUCCCGAUCGCAAUCCUGUGCCCAGGUUAAGUUCCAGUCGCAGUGCAAUCGAUUUUGUGGCUUGGCAACUGGCGGAGGAUCCUGCCAGUGGCGGGGAACCAACUCAGCCAUGUUCGGUACUAGAUAUGGAUCCUGUGUGCCCGAAUCCCGAUUCUGUCCUGAUCACGUGUGCGACCCCUUGGAGGAUCUGAAUCCCAUGGCCUGUCCGCAGGAUUGCACGCCGGCUGGUAGGAUAAUGGGUCCCCAUUCGAGCAAUGAGAACAAGAAGGGGAUCUACAGUGCCUCUGGAACCUGCAUUUGCGAGGAUAACGGCAAGUGCUCGUGUGCUCCGUUGGACGAGGAGCCCAGGGCGAAGAAGCCCCGCAAGCGGAAGAACGAAACGGAGGCGGAACCCCUGCUGGGGGGCAGAAGAGCCACUGCAGCAGAUCCAUCCCUUCAGGAUCCCUUGCUCCUGGGCGUCCUGAAUGUGGCUGGUUUCGAGUGCGAUCGCUCCUGCAUGUUCUUCGUGAUCAGUUGUCCACUGGUCUUCGUCCUCCUGCUCCUCUGUCUGCUGAUUGCCCAACGAAAGAUGCUCCAGCGUCGCCUGGGCAAACAAACGAUGACCCCGACGUCCGCCAAACAGGCUCUUCCGGAACUGGGAGACGGAGAUCUCGCCCUGAUGCCGCUGCAAGGUGGCUUCAAGUUCGAGAGCGGCGAUGCCAAGUGGGAGUUCCCCCGGGACAAACUCCAACUGGACACGGUCUUGGGGGAGGGCGAGUUCGGUCAGGUCCUGAAAGGCUAUGCCACAGAGAUCGCUGGCUUGCCGGGAAUAACCACGGUGGCCGUGAAGAUGCUCAAGAAGGGCGCCAAUUCGGUGGAGUACAUGGCCCUGCUCUCGGAGUUCCAACUCCUGCAGGAGGUCUCUCAUCCGAACGUGAUCAAGUUGCUGGGAGCCUGCACCUCCUCGGAGGCUCCUCUGCUGAUCAUUGAGUAUGCCCGGUAUGGUUCGUUGAGGAGCUACCUUCGUCUCAGCCGGAAGAUCGAGUGCGCGGGCGUGGAUUUCGCCGAUGGAGUGGAGCCUGUCAAUGUCAAGAUGGUUCUUACCUUCGCCUGGCAGAUCUGCAAGGGCAUGGCCUAUCUCACGGAACUGAAGUUGGUUCAUCGCGAUUUGGCUGCUAGAAAUGUACUCCUUGCGGAUGGCAAGAUAUGCAAGAUCUCCGAUUUCGGACUGACCCGAGAUGUUUACGAGGACGAUGCUUAUUUGAAGCGAUCUCGAGAUCGGGUUCCCGUCAAGUGGAUGGCCCCGGAAUCUUUGGCGGAUCAUGUAUAUACUAGCAAAUCGGAUGUGUGGUCCUUUGGCGUUCUCUGCUGGGAACUGAUCACCCUGGGAGCAUCUCCAUAUCCUGGUAUUGCUCCGCAGAAUCUGUGGUCCCUGCUGAAGACGGGCUACCGAAUGGACAGACCGGAAAAUUGCUCGGAGGCCGUUUACUCCAUAGUUCGCACCUGUUGGUCGGAUGAGCCGAAUGGAAGGCCAUCCUUUAAAUUCCUGGCCUCGGAGUUCGAGAAGCUACUGGGCAACAAUGCCAAGUACAUAGAUCUGGAGACGAAUGCCGUUUCGAAUCCCCUAUAUUGUGGCGAUGAUUUGGCCUUGAUGACGACGGAAUUCGGUGAACCGGAUUCGUUGCAACACCUUUGGUCACCACCCAAAAUAGCCUACGACAUCCAUGACCAGGGCACCAGCUACGAUCAGUCGGAGGAAGAGGUGCCAGUGACUUCGACGGCUCCACCUGGCUAUGAUCUUCCACGGCCUCUGAUCGAUGCCACCGCCAAGGAGCAGGUGUUGCGAUACGAAAACGAUUUGCGAUUCCCGCUGAAUAUUCGGAAAUCCAGUUGCACUCCAAGCUACAGCAACAUGACCAACGGUUCCCCAGCGGCCACCUCAUUGCCACACUAUUCAGUUCCUGUGAAGCGGGGUCGCUCCUAUCUGGACAUGACCAACAAGAGUCUCAUCCCAGACAAUCUGGACAGCAGGGAGUUUGAGAAGCAUCUCUCCAAGACCAUCUCGUUUCGCUUUUCCAGUCUGCUGAAUCUCAAGGAAACGGCGGAGGGGAUUCCAGGACAGCAGGCCGAAGAUGCCGUCUAGAUACAAGUACCACCUGUGUAUAGUUUUCCCCCAAUCAUUCAGUUCCGAUUUCUUGUCUCUUAUCAGCGCCUGUUUUUCAGUUCAAACUGUUUGUUGAUUAGUUUUAGUUUUACGUUUAGUCUCGUAGCUUUAUGCCAAUGCCAAAUAUGGAUUGUAAAAAACCCGAAUUCGAUUUCGAAUACUCGCGAGCAUUUACAAAAGAAUUUACAUAGCCAA